AUGGUGGCCGCUUCGCUUCGCAGAGAACGCGCGAUGAUCGAGGAGAAGAAGGAGCAACUUCAGCGGACUGCUGCUAUACUAUCGAAGGAGAAACGACGGAUCGAGGGUGAAUUGACAGAACAGGCGAUCGAACUCCAGGAGUUUAAGUCCAAAGCGGAAGCGACACUGAAAGCAGAGCGAGCGGCGCUCGAGAAGGAGAAAGCUCGCCUGGCCAAAGAGUCCGAGGCUCUCGCACUGACGCAGCAGUCCCUCAUGCAGCGAGCCGAAUCAAUGAGCAAGUCUGCCAAAGAUGCCGACAGCAACGAGCAAUCCCUCGAGCUUAUUGAGGCUGUGAGGCGUGAGAAGGCGGCACUGAAGCGAGGGAGGCAGCAGCUAAGGCGAGAAGCUGAGGCGAUAGCCGAAGCCAGGCGCCAGCUGGAGGCAAGCAUGGACCGAGGACAGGAGCUCGGGGAACUGCGAGCAAAAGCAGAGGCCCUGGAAGCCGAGGCUGACACCCUACGACGUGAGCGCACAGCACUUCAGAAGCAGCGUGCAAGGAUUCAUGCUGAAGCCGAGGAGAUUGCUGAAGAGCGAGAGAGCUUGGAGAAGGAGGCCAAAGCUCUUCAUCGAGCAGUCGCACGAGGUGAAGAGGUGGGAAAGGCCGACAAAGAUCUUCAGGCAGCGCUGCGUGCUGCGGAACAGCAGCUUGCGCAACAGACAGCAGAAUUUCGCAACUUCAAAACCCGAGUGGAGCAGCAAGAAAAGUCUCUUGGUCAAAGGGCCUUGGCCAAAGCGGCAACGCCGCUCCUCUCCGUCCUUGACGACUUUGGCAGAGCUCGGCUGGCUGGAAACUCCAUUGGAGAAGUUCAGGCAGUUUUGCGUCCGCUACGAAAUCGCCUGGUGGCUGUUCUGGAGUCGGAGUUCGGCGUCAGGCCGAUGCCCGACACUGUUGGCCAGGCGUUCAACCCAAAGCUCCACGACGCAAUCUCCAUCAGAGCCGAGGAUCGAGUGCCUCCAGACACCGUGGUCGAGCAGCUGGAAGAGGGCUUCUGCUUCGGUGAUUCAGAUGAGGUUCUACGACCAGCAAAGGCGGCCAUCCAGAAAGCAUGCUUGGAGCCAUCCUUUCACGUCAAUGUGCGGUCCUGGCUGCGCAAGCAUCAGCUGGACAGCUGUUUCGAUGUACUGGUCGUCAGAGGUGUUCUCGAAUCUCUCCAGCUCAAGGAAACGCUUCAGGCUGAUGCAACCCAGAGCUUGCCCGGAAGAUUUGUCGAUGCGUUGGCGAAGGCAUUGUAUGAAGGUGGUGAUCUUCGCCGUGUGCAUGGAACAAGACAGCUGCCAGACGGCUGGGAGAUGGUCUACUCACGCAGUGCAGGUCUCUUCUAUUACCACGAGAUUCACAAGAGCGGGGCGCAGAACGGGCGAACACAGUGGCAGUUUCCAGAUCUCCAGGCCGAGUCCAAUCCUCCCGAAGUUCCGAAUGCCUUGACGUGUGAAAGGGGCGCCCCUUCCAACAGCGUUCCAUACGUGGAGCUGGAUAGUGGAGGGGAGCCUCUGUGCUUGCUGUGCGGGCAGAGAGGUUUGGAACACUUUGCGGGAGCUGCUCACGCAGACAAGGUUCUGGCAUGGUCCGGAAUUCACCAACGUCUUUCCCAGGUGUUACGAGAGCUGUCAGCACAAGCGAUGCUACCAGCCUCGUCGGGAGGAAAGGCAUCAGACGAAGAUGCCGCACUGUCGAAGGUGUGGCUUGAGGAAGCCCGACGUGCAGUCUUCGAUCCUGAUGCAGAACACCAAGACGUUGAGGUUUGCCGUAUCUUUUGGCACCUGCUGCUCGAGCCCUUCUUCAAAGCCGUUCGGCUUGCGAGUGUGAAGGAGGGUUUGGACAGGGCCAUCUAUUUCAGUGGUCUGCCCGAGCCGAAGUGGGCAGACAUGCCCUGGCGCAUGCCGCCUCCACCUCGUCCGGGGCAGGACUUUACUUGGCCCCAUCAUUCCUCGCUAAAGCUGUCACCGUCCACACCGCGUGAGGUCUUCAAUGCCUUGUCUGCGCAAGCACUCCUCCAAGAAGGACUGGCUCCUCAGGAAGGUGAACACAGCGGAGGUCUCUGGUGCUCUUUCUGCUGCAAGCCAGUGAAGAGUCUCCAAGAGCACUUGGAUCGGACUUCUCGCGAGGCCCAGGAGCACAUGCGAACGAAGAUCAGCUGUCAAGCGGUGGUGGACAAGCUUCGAGUUGGAGGCUGGCGGCUACGCCGUGAAGGUCUGCAAAUCGUGAAGCAGCGAUUUCAUUGCGGUCUUUGCAAUGCAUCGGGAAGCUGGAUGCAAAUCUGGGAUCACCACAGAAGCCAGCACCACCAGAAUGCGUACAUGGCCUUGCAGUCGAGUCGCUCACCUGCCGCACUUCAAGCACACAACAACAGCGAACAGUUCAAGGAGGCAGAAGAAAAAGCCUGGCAAGCUGCAUUCGAUGCCGAUCGCAAUGCAGUCGUGUAG